AGCAACCAGUUUCUUUCCCUCAUUCAUCUUGAACUACUCUCUUCAGGUCGCAACUAUGGACGUGACUAGAUUUUUCAUUAUAUUUUCCGUGACCGUUCUGAUUCAUGGGGACAACAAAGCUCUGAGUUCCGAUGUUCCCAAAACCACCGGCAUCACAUAUUCUUCGACGACGUCUUAUUCAAGCAUAUGCUUUGACAGAUAUGAAACUUUGCAACAACAAUUCUGCAAUUUCAAAAUUGAUACGAUGAACGAAAAACUUUCGGCUCAAAAGAACGCGUGUGACUCGACUCUAAAUCAUUUGAAAGAAUUUUUCGGCCAGCGAGAGCAACUUUGGCAUGAGCAGAACAUUUGCAAUGCGUCACUAACGCAAAUCGCAGGGAGGCGAGAAGUGGAAUGUUUCAAUUCAAUAGAUGGUGCAAACUGGACUAAGCUGUCUUCUGGCUUCUACUACUUUUCUAAACCUAAUGAAUUGACGAAUUGGUUUGUAGCUGGCUACAACUGCAAAAAAAUGGGAAUGCGGCUGGCAAGCAUUGAGAGCGAGUUUGAAGACAAUGCUGUCCUUGGAUAUCUCAAUGCUCUGAAUGCAUCAGAUCUAGACAUGUUUUGGAUGUCUGGCACAGACCUAGGCGAAGAAGGAAAAUUUGUUUGGAGCGCAACAGCUGAGCCAGUCAGCUUUUCGCGAUUCGGCAUUGGACAGCCUGACAAUGCAGGUGGAAACGAAAACUGUCUCCAGUACAUCAAGGCACGAUCUUCGUUCACUUGGAAUGAUAAUGAGUGCAACACAACUACUAGAUACAUAUGCGAACUCCAGGGUUGAAAAACGAAAUUUGAUACAGCAUGCCAAAAAUAUUAUACUUGAAUUUGUAAAUGAAAAAAUUUACACAAGAAAUAUUUUUCAUGCGAAUUUGUAGGAAACGUUCAAAUCAAUUGAACGAAAAUAAAUAUUUUGCAAUACAUUUAA